AUGGCGCACUGGUUUCACAGAAACCCAAUCAAGGCUUCUGCUCCUGUUACGUUUGAGUCGAUUCGAAAUGUAGCGACCAAUUCUACCUCGUCUAAGAUGCUCUCGUAAGUCCAUCAUUUUCUUUCGUUCUUAUCUAACAACCUACACCGAAAAACUUAGCUGGACAAACACGGCUUGAAAUCAUCGUUUUCCAGACUAGCGCUUUUAAAAUGUUAGAUUUUGCUCAUUUGACAAAUGUCCGCAGAUUAUAUUAAACGUAUCCAGUAGGAAAAUUUAUUUUGUUGUAAAUUUUAUUUACUUGCAUACCUAGCUUAAAAUUAGAUGUUUUGGAUUUGAUGAUACAAUUGUUUGAUAGGCAGAUUCAGGAUUAAGAUUUAAUGCAAUUUAAUGCAAUUUAAUGCUGUUGGGUAAAAAAUAAUAUAACUUAGAACAUGACCAAAAAUCAGAAUACUGGGUAAAUUCAAUUUUCAUCCUAAGAAUGAGAGUCAGAGAGAAAAAAAAUUGAAGAGGUGGAGUGUUAACUUUCCAAUACUUGUGCACUAUAUGAAAAAAAAAAAAAGAGAGAAUUGAGUGAUUCUACAGUGCUCAGUAUUUGGUCCGCCAUAAGGGUCUCAGGUGCUGAUUACCUUGAAAUUAAAAUUAACUGAAAUGGGUUAUUAAAUGUUGCAUUAUUACUGUCAGGAUAACAUGGUAGAAAACUCUCACUUUUGAUGUUUAGCGCAUUUGGAAGGAGUGAUAAUCAUUGGUUAAUUUUGUCCAUUAGGAUAUGGUCAAGAAAAUUUUGAAAUCCUCCUUUUUAUGAGGGGAGUUAGCUGUAGGACUUUUCCAUCACCAAUGUCUAGCACUUUGAGAAACAACAAUUGCACAUGUCUAGUGGUAGUUCAAGGAUGUUAUAACACAAGUUUAAAGGAUAAUUAUAAUACCUAUCUGUUUGUUUGUAUUGCAUUUUUAUCAAUCGAUAACUCCCCUCCUUAAAGAAAGAUCCAAAGUGUUUAUUUUCCUUUUGCAGAGAACUGAAGAUGGCCAGGGUAAAGCUGUUAAAUUCCUUGACAGACCCUUCAAAUGAUCCCAAAUCAGUCCAACAGGCCACUGAGCUUUAUUUGUCACUCCUUCAUGGUCUUGUGAAUGAUCCAGCCCAAGGAUCUGGUGACAGCAAGCUUCGUAAACUAGUCAUGUUCAAGUGGACAAACUCAAUUUGUGGAAACACUCCAACGUAAGUUUAUCUAAGGCUGGUCUAUGCAACCAAAGUAAAAGGGGGCAUUGACUUGUGGGACAUGACAUGACAUUUGUCCUUUUUGAUGUCAACAGAUUGAAUGGUUUGUCCCACAUUUCUUACUUUCUUCAAACACAAUAUUCUUUGUUUACACUGCAUUUCAACUCUGCUUCCCCAAAAAGCAUUCUGCACUGUAUAUAGUUCUUCAUCUCCUUUUGCGCCUCCCCCCUCCCUCCCCUUGCCAUCUUACCCUUUUCCACCCUUGCCCCUUGAUUGGAUAGGGACUAAAUAGACCUAUAUAUGUAGCUCUAUAAGAAAACAGAAAUGCCAUAUAUCAAUGGCCUAUUUCAUCAGUUUCAACAGGGUUUGAGCUAGGAUUUGACUAUUUAGAGUCAAUUUGUCCCUUUAGGUUAUUUUUGGGGGGACAUUUUCCAUUUCUGAGGGUCGCCCAAGCAUAGGGAAAAUUUCAAACUGAACUAAAAUUUUAAACAUUUAAUGAAAUAGCAACAAGUUACAUUGUAAGGUGGCAUACUUCUUUUUAUCUUUCUCUGUAAACUCCUAACUGUAUGAUUCUCUUACAACCAGCAGCUGAUCAUGGCCACUAAAAUAAUUAAGAAAGUGACUAUUUGUAAAAGAACAAGACCAACAACUCUGUUGUGCCAUUAUCAUUUUAACAAUAUCAUAUUUGUUCUUGCUUCCACAUUUCAUUGCAGAUCCUUCUUAGUUAAUUAACAUCUUACAUGUACAUGUAUAAUAGCAGUAUUUCACGAUUUCAAAAUUCUCCUGUUCUUUAUAGCCCACUCUUCAAGGGCUAAUUAAAAAUCAAAGUCCACAGAAGGUGGAUCCCUCGAUGUCUAUGGUCAUAAGUACAUCUAACCUGUUGGCUUUUAGUCUGUUUCUCAAUGCAUUUUUAAUCCUGUUUUGGGCACUGAAGCCUCUCUCACCACAAUUUGGGGGGAAAAAGCCGCAAUUUUGAACAUUUUGUCAAAGUAUCCAGAAUUGGAUGAAACACUACUAAAGUGGUUUUGGGAGAAGAAGAGUCAGGAUAAGUCUAAAAGUCUUUCAUUUUGAAUCAAUUUUGUAGUUUAAAAAAACAACGCUUGACUCAGCCGAUUUCUGUCAGAUCGUGUUGCAAUGUUUACACAAGCCGUGGGAAUGACUGCUUCUGAUUGGUCAGUUUCCGAUGUUGUCAAAAUGAGACAAAACAAACAUCUAAAUCAUGCUUCUCUUAUCUUUCACAAAAAUUGCUAUGAGCGUAUUAAUUCUGCGGCUAAAACCAAAUUGUUUUUUGAAAAAUUGUGCCGUUUAUAGUCGAAUUUAUGUUGAAUUUCAACUCUUGCAAUUUUUUUUUUGGGCACAAAUACUUCAGUAAAAUUUGUCGCAAAAAUCGCUCGCUUUUUUAGGGGACAAAUUGACCCCUGAAUCAUUUUUGGACGGGACAUUUUAAAUUUUAUUGCGGGAUUGGCGCAAUGGCGCGGCCUGGCUCAAACCCUGAUUUCAACCACUGACACCAGUCUGAGGACAAUUAGAGUAUUAUGAUGAUCAUGUUCUUUUGUUAAUGUUGUCAAUUUUUUUCCUCAGUUGUUCAGCUGACAGUGUGUUUGAGUUAACAUCUGUCUGCUUGAAUGUUGCCAUCUGGUAUACAAAGUAUGCAGCAAAACUGGCUGCCAAGGGAGAGUAAGUUUGAUGAUAUUAAACAUUAGAAUAAUUAUUAUAAAUCUUUGUAAUAUAUAAUAAAGAAAUUAUUAUUAAAUUGUUAAGGUGACAACUGAUGAUUUGACUACUUUUCAAAUGAGUUUGUCAUGAAUUUGGCAUGGGCACCACACAUAUUCAUGAUGAAAUAGAGAAUUUUACUCCAUUUUUAUUUGUUCUACUUUGUCCUUAGUGACUUGAUUGUUGCAUGUCUUUUUGAUAUUUGAAGUUUAUUGCACUUCCAAGAUGAAGGAAUUAAUUUAUGAAAUGAAUAUUAUCAGGGUAACCAUGGAUGAAGCAAAGGAAGUCCACACAUGCCUUAGAGCUGCAGGAGGAAUGUUUAAGUUUGUCAAGGUAUUUAGACUAAAUAUGAUACACUUUGGAUAUCCCUUCCUCUCCCAAACUACUGGAGGUGUGAAGUUGGGAUAUUUUUGGCUAAUUCUUUUGUCUGCAGGAAAGUCUGAUGCCACGCCUUGGUGACUUAUCAGCUGAGAAAGGUGCUGAUACUGAUCAGCGAGUGUUGGAGGCUUAUCAGAUGCAGUGUGUCGCUGAAGCACAAGAAGGUAAGUAUUACCGAAAGUGAUAGUAAGACAAACCAGAGAACAUAAUACUGCAGCCAAUGGCUGAGCUGAUAAAAUGUGUUUGUGGAACAUCUACCACUUUCAAGUUGUAAAUGUUGUUAAACAGGUGUGUUUAGGAUAUCCUUUUUUCUUUUCUGUUCUUUCUCUUCCUCUUUAAUCAAGUACUUUACAAGGGAAAGAGGGAUUAAUAAACUUUUAAAUCCUGUAUCUCAAUCAAGUGGUAUAUGUAGUUUUUGCAAAUAAUUCCACAUGCACAAUUGCAUACAUGUACUUUGUGAUCAUGUGCUAUGAGUAUUUUGACCUUUCACAUUUGACCUUGUUACAUUGCAAAUGUCUUUGGGUCAAGCUGUUGUUUGUUUGCUCACUUUUUGGUUUGGUUUAAUUUUGUUUUCUGAAGUUAAAAGACUUCACUGUAUGUAUGGUUCAAAAUGAAUUUCCACUCAUUCUAAUUUAAACUAAAUUGAAAUUGAUGUGUUUUGUUCUUUUCUCUUAGUACAUUACCAUAAUAAUCCUUGAAUGUAAAAGAAGAACAGAACAAACAACAUGUAGUUUGAAGGCAACAACUAAAGCUGUUACUUAUACUUUCUCUUUAGUUACUGUGGCACGAGCAGUGGAGCUCAAACAUAAAGCUUCUCUCAUCUCUGCACUUACCAAUGAGACGUCAAAACUGUUUACAGCAGCAAGUAUGUUUUUUGUAUCUUAAAUUAUAAUUAUUUCUAUGACCUUGGUUCAACUUUAGAAAAAUUGCAAUUCAUAAACUCUGUCUCACCCCACCCUCCAGCACCCCACCCCAACCCUCCUCUUUUUAUUUAACAGCAAACCCUUUGUUCAAAGUGGGUGUCAACAUGUGAUACCCUUACUGUUGGUAAUUUUUUAAUAAUGAGUUAUUUGUAAAUAUUUAACAGUGUCAUUAUUAGUGUCAUUUCCAUAUUCAUUAUCACAAUUGUUCUUUUAGACAGUAAUUCCAGCCUUUAGCUAAAGCUAUUUAUUACUAAAUAUUUAUUUAUUAAAGGUGAUUCUCUGAAAUCAGUGGAGCCCACUAAAGCUGGUAAAUGGAAGAAAUACCUUGAUUUGAAAGCUGCAUUUUAUCAGUCCUAUGUAAGUUAACAUGUCAUCAAUUAUUAGGUAUUAAAUUCACAAUGGGUUAGAAAGUUGAUGGUAGGGGGUGUAGUUGUCUUCACAAGUUAUAUUUUGUGGCAUUUGUUUUCCAUUUACGAAUUGCCUUUAGCCUCUGUUUCAAAGUGAGUCCGGGUGUUCAUCCUUCCAUAUGAUAAUAAGUUUUCAUUCACGUGCAGAUAAAACUCGUUUUCAUACAAAUGGUUCAGCACCAGGCCUCAUUUUGGUAAAGAGGCUAAAGGUAAUUCAGAAAUGGCCCAUUGCUCAGCUUGCUAUCAACGUAAAAUAUAUAUGAUGGUAAGGGGCAGAUCCUUGGGCUGAAGUAACUAUUUGAAAAAUGAUAGGAUCCUGAUCAAGCACAAUACAUUCUAAGCAUGCACAGAGAGAUUUCUUUUUAUUUUACCAGCAACUUUUAAUCUUCUUGCUUCCUUUCAAACAUAUCCAAUCCUCUUCUUCAACUUUUAUGAUUUACAUGAUCCACUUUUUUUCUGGAUACAUGUGUGUUCAUUAUCUCCAAACAAUUUUGUUUGGAGAUAAUUUACACAGAAUAAGAUUCUUUACGAGGAAUCUUGAGCUUUUAGUAAAAGUUUCCAGCAAGUUGUUCAUCACAUUUUCAUGCUUCCUGUUCCCUGUAGGCUUACUGCUUUUGUGGGGAAACACUUCUUGCUGAAGAUCAGUGUGGAAAAGCCAUUCGAGCUCUACAAGAAAGUGAUAAAUGUAAAGCUAUUGUUAUCUUUUGUGUUAAACUCUUCUUUCGUUUUAAGAGAAACAGAUGUACCUAUCCAGUAGUUAGUCAGACAGACUGACUGUCAGUCUUUCCGACUGGCAGUCUUAGGAGACCAGUCUUAACUAAAAGAUGGUGGCAAAGAUGAUAGUGUUCAAAGUGAAUUUAAAGGAACCUUUUUUUAACUUCAGUGUACAAGAAGGCUGAAGCAAUUUCCCACGAGUACUCCAGUACUAAAGGGCCCGGCACAACAGCUAGACCAUGGCAACAUCCAUUUUUCCUAAAACUUGGUCCCAUCAUACGAAAGAAGCUGGAGAAAGCCAACCAUGAGAAUGGAUUCAUGUAAGGACAUCACUGUUUCAAAGUGCGGUUACCCAUAUUCAGGGCCGGUUUGAUCAAUGCUGGGUUGAGAUAGUGUGAAAUUUGAUUUCAGAUCUGAAAGCUGCAAAAUGAAAUUCAUUUUUAUUAUUUUUCAAGUUGUCUUCAAUUUGAUUAUUGGAUGCUCUAAAAAGAAUAGAGGAAAUUAUCCAAAAAAGCUUAUUAACAGAGAAAUAACGAAACCCGGAAUAAAAUCUAACCCUGGGUUAGCGGCAAUCGGCCUUCGAACAACUAUGGCCAGUACUUCAAACAAGAUUAGAGUAUUUUGCUUAUUCACAGCACUUAUUAAAGAGGUUUUCUUAUGAUAGAGUAGCUUAGAAGGCACUGGCGUAUUUUGUCGGGACGAUGCACUCUGGAUCGAGAGGUCUGAGCUCCAGCCGCGGACGGGAGUUGUUAGGCGAGAGGCUUUAAUUUCACACUGCUUCUCUCCAUCUGGGAAACUGUUAGGGAGAAUUUUUCCACAGUACUACCCCUACUUCUCUCUGAGCUCUGUACCGCUUAUAAUAAUGUUAAUUAACCUGCUGUGUCUUUGUUUAGUUAUUUCCACAAAGUCCCUGCCGAGCCACCCGAACUUGAACUGAAGGCAACUCAUGGCUUAGCAAGUCCUCAAGAGUUCACCCUGCCCGCUCCACACGCCUUAUGGUCAGGGGAUACUUAUACUGGAUUUGACGCGUCCAAAGCUCACCCUCCUCCGGUAAGUUGCUGUUGUUGUUGUUCUUAUUUGUUGGUUUGUGUCUGCAAUAUGUCGCCAAUCAGUCAGUACUACCAAAAACAGUCCUUCUCUGGAAUACCCUCACCCGGACGAUCGGAUUAAACGAUCAAAUGUUGCCCUUCAAGUUCAGACUAUUUACUGUGAUAAAAUAAGAAUAUUUUUGCGUAGUUCUCUCAAGUAUAGCCACAGUGACGUUUUCAACAACGGUAGCCUGUGCAAUUCCGACCUUAGUGAGUGAAAACUAACGGAGAGCGCACGAAAAGCGGGUUAGACAAAGCGCAACCGCUGUUUUUCUAUAGCCAGCUAUUUUGCUCGUGUCCAUCGACUGAGAGCCUGGGACGUGCUACAACAAUGCCUGACGGGAUGGUGCUUGAGUGGGUGCUUAAACCAAGAUCUAUAUUCCAUUGCGGUGUAAUGCACAACGAGCAAUCUUCAAUAAGGAGAGUCCCCUCCUCGUCGUUUUGGCUAUUUUGUCUUUGUGACCUUUGUCAAAUAACAUUCUGUUAGUCUGGUAGAGUAUACCGUUUUCCCGAUAGUACAGCAAAUACUUAAAUACUAUCUUGAAUAUGACGAAGUCUCAUUUCCAAGAUACUCACUUUGAGUGCCUUAUUACUAUAAUUUGCACAGGCUUCCCAAGCUGCGUCAGGUGAUGUGAAACCAGUUCCAGAGCCCGAAGAUUCAAGUCCUGUAAAACCGGCUAACAAUUCGUCUGGAUGUUUAGUAUCUUAGUUAGAACGUCUCCGUAUAAUUUUUCAUGCCAGUUUUAACUUUUGUUUACUUUGGUGUAAAAAGUCACGAGACUCCUGAUUGAGUGGAUGGGGAAGGAUCUGAAUGGAUAAAAUGCUUUUGCAGUUUGAAACCUUACAUAAGUCCUUGUGC